GGGGGGGGGGGGGGAAACAUCGAGUGGUCAUGACACACUUACCCACCAGAACUCCAAACGGCUUCAAGUUCUUCCAGUAUCUGGACCAGGGUGUAACCAUGCCGACAGAACUGGCCUCCCUCCUGCUCUACGUCUACAGUUUGUGGGUCGCGGUCUCCCAGCCCUGCCCAAACUACACCGCCUUGUCCGCAGACAGCCUCAACCCAAAGGAGUACCUUGGGAGGUGGUAUUUCUUAGCAGCUGUGAGUGGGGGGGAGGAUGAGCUCCAGAUGUUCAGGAUGAUGGACAGCAGCGUGUUCACCAUGCAGACAACCGCUGUCCCCCAAACCAUACUGCUGAACGGGGACAUGCGCAUAGGACAGAACUGUAAGAGAGCUUCGUGGACCUACAACAUCCUCUCAGGCCGAGAUGACCUGCAGCUACAAGGAAGGCCCCAGCGCCAGACGUUCCUCCGGGCCGGGGAGCAGCACAACUGCUCCGACUGCAUUGUCCUGCAGGAAGUAGAGCCGGCCGCGCUCAACAGAUACAUGCUCUAUGGUAGAGAGAAAGUUGUACCUGAGGACGUGAUUAAAGAUUUCCAGGAGAUAUUCGCAUGUCAGGGAAUGACGGCGUUCUUCAGACUUCCUCAGACCCAAGAGCUGUGCAGCUAAACACCCUCACAGAGGAUGUGGAAGGCAGACAACAGAAGGCGCACCUUGUUUCUAAUGAAAAGUACUAUUCAACCAAAUAUUUUAAACAUGAAACCUCCUCACAUUUGUGUGAUUUCACAUUUAAUGAAUUAAACUUUUGCCUUCGAAUAAAAACAAAACCUUGAAUUAUUUGUAUAUUGUUGUCUAAUUUUCUGCACUUGUCUGUCAUCUCUCUUGUAUUUUGCCUUUUAUCUGAGAUUUUAAUGUAAAUCCGAUGUCAAUGCGUCAUAACAUGAGUCUUGAUAGUAUUGGAUUACUACGAGCUGGGCACGCUUGACUCGGUUUCCUCCAUCCUGCAACUCACUCCAGGAACACAACCUGGGUUAUGAAGAAACACAGCGGCAGAACAGAUCAGAGAUCUGUGAUGAGCAAUGAAAUAUAAACAUUUGACUCUUAAAAACUAAUUUACUUGGUUGCAUCCAAUAACUGAGAAGCAAAGAAAA